GGCAGCCUGCAUAUUAUAAAUACAGCACUGGGCAAGUCAGCCUACUCCCCCUGCCUCAAGUUCACCAAGAUAUAGAUCUAGAUCUAGAGCCUACUAAGCAUUUUAGUUUUAGAGUUGAAGUUGAACUACCAGUCUGCUGAGUCAACCAGCAUCAUUGUUUGUGGUUGGGCUCCUCAUUGACAUUGAAACAGGCAAGUUAAUGGGAGUCACAUUUUCAAAGACAGCUUAAACUGGCAAGGUGAAUACUUCAAUACACGUAAAUUUAACGAAAAAUGGGAUUAAUUGCCCACCAAUUUACCAAAAGACAUUGUGUACUGACUUGUUGGCAGAUAUAUCAUAGCUGUGCUAAGAUAAGAAACUUCCACAAAUCCUCAGACAGUUUAUGCUCAGUCGGUGUAGCAAACAAAUUCGUACCUGAAUGUAGGAACGUCUCAGAAGUGGACCUGCAAAAUUUGCAAGAGUUUCUGAAUACACACAGGAAUCUGUUCAUUCUAACAGGAGCAGGAAUUUCAACUGAAAGUGGUAUACCAGAUUACAGGUCGGAAGGAGUGGGGCUUUAUGCAACCAGUACCACUCGACCCGUACAAUAUGCAGAUUUUCUCAAAAGUGCAGAUAUUCGAAAGCGGUAUUGGGCUCGAAACUAUGUCGGCUGGCCAAGAUUUUCUUCCUUCCAACCAAAUGCGGCUCAUUACAUUCUCAGUGAUUGGGAGAGGAAGGGGCGAGUGCAUUGGUUGGUGACACAAAACGUUGAUGCCCUUCACUUCAAAGCCGGAUCGCAGCAUGUGACUGAACUCCACGGCAGCGCUCAUCGUGUUGUCUGUCUCUCUUGCUCGUUGAAACUCUCCAGACACUCUAUGCAGAAGAUGAUCAAGGAUCAAAAUCCUGGAUGGGUUGCUGAGGCGGAUGCUGUCCGGCCUGAUGGUGAUGUGAACCUCGAGUCAGAGAAAGUCAAAAGUUUUCAGGUCCCUCCGUGUCCCAGCUGCGGGGGUGUCUUGAAGCCAGAGAUUACAUUUUUUGGAGAUAACGUGCCCAAGGAUACUGUACAUUUUGUGCUGGACAAGAUGUUUAAAUCAGACGCCCUGCUUGUGAUUGGAUCUUCAUUAGAGGUCUACUCUGGUUUCCGAUUCAUCAACAGAGCUAGCAGUCAUGGUAUGGAGAUUGCUAUUCUGAAUAUCGGCGGCACACGGGGCGACAAGCAUGCCACCAUCAAAGUCAGUGGGAGAAUCGGAGAUGUGUUACAACAGCUCACAGUGUAAUGAAUUUCUUUAAUGUAUUUAUGAAUGUUUCUGCAAUAAGUUUGCUCAUAAUGCGUGUCAAGGGUUUCUCUUAAAACAGCUUUUCCAGAGAUCAGGAAACACUGUUUAACGUUACUACUACUUGUUGUUACUUCUCUGCUAGAACGGGUGUCAUUGGCCACAGCCGAAGCAGAAGUAUCUUAACCCUUAUUUCUUCAGUGUCACUAAAAAUAUAUUCUUCAUCUUCGAGCCCCGUAAAACCUUACUAAAACUUUUAAAAACUAAGCAGAUGCAUUGAUCAGACAUUGAUGGACGAAAUAUUGUUAUUGUUACCUGUUGUUACAUGUUCUCAGACAAAGAUGGAAUACAUUUUGGCUUAGUUAAUCAGUAUGGCUGUGAUACUCUUGAGUGAGAGAAUCGUACAUUUAUUGUUGGAAUAUUUAUCUCGAUAAUAAAUAAUGCGUUGCUAUUUUAAGAAAUGAA